ACGGAAUUUCGAUUCAAGCUCGAGUUCGAAUUCGAAAAGUACAAAAAAUAGGUUGUGGAUCGUGUUAGCACUGUGUUGUUGUGUGCGCUCGGGAGCUACUGUAAUAAUUCUGGAAAAAAAUAAUAGUUCUGAAAUCAAUAAAAAUUCCCUAAGGAGAAAAGUGCUGACAGUGCUAGCCGGAAAUUGCUACGAUCCACCGUCAACAUAAUUACGCGGCAUAAUUCCCAAAAAAAAAAAAACAAACUUCUACAAGUGACACAGUUUUCGAUUUAGACAAAAACCAAAUACACAACCCAUUGGAUACAUAUUCGUCGCCUGGUAGUGAGUGAGCCAGCAGAUCAAAACCCAUCAAAAAUGAUGUCCCGAAGAGCUCUGCUAAUUGCCGGAAUCCUACUGAUCGUGGGCAGCUCCCUGGUGCUCUCAUACCCCCAGUCCGGCACUGAUGAGGACGAAAUGAUGGCGGACGAUGACUUCGAGUACGAACAGGAUGACCAGGGUACGUCCAGUCAACAGGCCAAGACAGGCCAAAUUCCAGCCAAGACCGACAGUGCGCAGCCAAACAGAACCGUAACCGUAACGGGCAUCCGCGGCGAGGAUGUGGUCCUUAAGUGCGACCUGGACAUCACCCAGAGCAUCUUGUGGUUCUUUGGGAAGAACAUCAUCGCCAAUGGCGGCACUUUGGUGCAGCCCAACUUUAAGCUGGACACUGCAAACUACGACCUAACCAUACUGAAGGCAAGUCCACAGGACGCCGGCGACUACUACUGCAAGGCCCUGCCCCAGGGCUCCGUCCUGAACACCAAGGUGGUCAUCGCCGAACAUUCCCUCGAUGCCAUAGCACCGGAGAGCUCCACCUCCGCGUCGAGCAGUUUGCCCAGCCUUCCCGCCUCCCUUCUGUGGCCAGUGCUGACUGGAGUCUGUCUGCUGAAGUUCGGCAGACGUUAGUUAAGUCUAGUACUAGAUUUGCAGAGAUAUGUAUGUGCCCAAUCCCCCCUUCACUCUACACUCUUCGCUCUCCACUCUUCACUCUUCUCACAGGAAAAUGAGCAUUUGAAGUCUUUGUUGAUUGUAAAUUUGUGUAUUUGUAAAGACAAAAUCAACUUUAUUUAUUAAAUAAAAAAGGAACCAAAGUAUACAGAAACUGCGGCAUGAAAUCAA